AUGGGGCUGGAAUUUCCAAAUUACCAAUCAUAUGACCUUCUUGCGCGGAGCUUUGGCAGAAUUUCGCUUGGGAAGUCAGCAACGCUGCAGAGCAGGAAAAACGCCUGUCAUUCCGCUCCUACUUAUUCGGACGAAAAUGAGACGCUCAAGAGUUUGAGCAUGACAGAGUCUCAUUAUUCAUCAAAUUUGAUGGCUCCCACUAAAUCUGUUUCCUCCAUCAAAAGUUCAACCAAAAAGAAGCGUCGUCGCUCGAGCGCGGCCAAGAAGGAAAUUGAAUUUGUCCGAUCUGUCUCCUCGGGCUCCUCUGGCAUUGAAUCAAUGUCUUCUCUUGACGGACACUCAACUGGCAGCGGCAUCUGCUCGUCUAACUCCAAGCUGGAGGAAUACGAACAGCCAAUUUUAAAAUCCUAUCUUCGACUUCAGCAAACCAUUUGUACUCAAUGCUCUGACUGUACGAAAUGCGAAGAGUUGGUUCGAAAUACUCCGAUUUCGCUUCAUGAAGAUAAGGAAAACCGACGAGGAUCUACUACCUCGAGCAAAAGUGGCAAAAAAUCUCGUCGAAGAGGAUCUUCCAUGCCCAGACCAACUUACAACGGUGUUUCCUCUGAUCGAUACAAUGCAUCCUCGCUCAUGACAAUUGGCAUGAGGAGACAGAUUGAUAAGCUCAUGGUGGCAAUCGAGGGAUGA